AGACACAGAMGAAUCGCACCCAUCAUACUGAACAGUGUCCUAACACCAGUUGUAGCUCGUAAGCCCAUUUGAUCUCUUUCRUAGUGCAUGGUAGUAAAAGAGAUUUACUGAAUCAUCCAAAAAACAGCAGCUGACCAUUAUGGAAUGGUUAUCGGUAUAUUUGUUGGUGGCCUGUUUAGCCCAUGCAUUUGUGCCUCUUGACGCCGUAAACUCUAUUCAACUUCAGCCUGACACCGUUGGUACUUACACCGCCGGUAUCGUGCAGGUCUUUUACAACGGUCAAUGGGGAACAGUGUGUUAUGAUUACUGGGAUAUGAAGGAUGCCAAAGUUGCAUGUAGUCAACUUGGUUUUACCAAGACCUUAGGACCUUGGUACCACGGACGAGGAACGGGUAAAGUAUGGCUGACCAACAUGAGAUGUACAGGCUCAGAGGCCUUCCUUGGAAGCUGUACUCACAGCGGAUGGGGACAGGUUUCCUCUUACUGCAAUAGUCACAAAUAUGAUGCUGGUGUCGUUUGCGAUGGAAAAACAGGUGCAGGAGAUCCGAACAUACGUCUUAUACCUGACACUCGACUUCCAAGUAACACRGGACUUCAAGGAAUUGGAGGAAUCGUCAGAGUUUUUUAUAGUAACCAAUGGGGAACAGUGUGUCAUGRUGGCUGGUAUAUAGAUGAAGCCAAAGUUGCUUGUCAUCAAAUUGGUUUUACCAAAAUGGUAGGAUAUUGGUACUAUGGACAAGGGACGGGUAAAGUAUGGCUGUACAACCUGCAAUGUACGGGCCAAGAGUCCUCACUUGGAAGCUGUUCACACGAUGGAUGGGGAAGUGUUGCUUCUGGCUGCAAUGGCCACACAUAUGAUGUUGGUGUUGUGUGUUCCGGAUWUCAAGCUCGUGUACGUCUACAGGAUGGUUUAAAUGMUAACGAAGGUCGUAUUGAAGUCCAGUAUACCUACAACGGCACCUGGGGCACCAUUUGUGAUAGUGGCUGUGGUAUCGAUGAAGCCAACGUUGUGUGUAGAAUGCGUUAAUGAAGAUCAAUAUAUGUCUUGAGAUAUUGACAGUAUGGUAGUAAACGACUCUUUUGCAGAGCUACCUUUAACCAACUACAUCGUUAAUAAUGUUCAUGAUGCCUUAAAUGAAAUGUAAGUCAAAUGAAAUGUAAGCCAAGCAUUAUGCGAGUUUAUUGCUUAGUGUAGAAUAUUGAGCAAUCAAAUAAGUCAAAAUGGCAAAACAAUUAGAAUUAACGGAAUCACUGCUUUUGUGAAGUAAAGGUGAGAAUACAUAAAUUUUAGUAUCCUAGAUCCCAUUAAGAGGCAAUGUCCACAAGAAUAGAACAAAUUCAAGAAUUCGUGGCAAGGKUCAAAAAAUMAAAUUCGCUCUUCUUUUAAAGUUAGAUAGGCCAUUAUUAGAUAUGAAUCACUGGGUAGUUGGAAGCCCAAGAAAGAGACGCUCAAGAGGAGUGAAAAUGGACAAACUCUGAACAGUAACUGAAAAUUAAACCAUCUAUGACAAUG